AUGGUUAACAAGGUAGCCGCUGGUUUUGUAAUAUUUCGUAGAUUCACGCCAACGAUAGAAUACCUUCUAUUACAAGCUUCCUACGGAAUCCAUCAUUGGACUCCUCCUAAGGGACACGUAGAUCCUGGGGAGACGGAACUGAUGACUACGGCUCUUCGAGAAACUGAAGAAGAAUCGGGCUUACUAAAAUCCGAUUUGAAAAUAUACAUGGAAUGUAAACGAGAGACAACGUACAUGGUGAAAGGAAAGCCGAAGGAUGUUCAUUACUUUUUAGCAGAACUUAUCAAUUCCAAAGCCGAAGUAAAACUGUCCGAUGAACACCAAGAUUACAAAUGGUUACCGUUGAAUGAGGCUUGCACGUUAGCUUCAUUUAAAGAAAUGCAGGAUACCCUCAAAGAAUUCGAUAAUUAUAUUAAAGCAAAUUUAAUCUCAUUGGUCGACUACCUUAUUUAG